AUGUUGGCCUUCUCGACGAGAGAACUCGGUGAAACCCACGGUGAAACCCGCGGUGCUCUCGCCAUCAUCUACGCUGAUGGUGCACACGACGAUGGGGUGGACGGCCCGUGCAUGUUUGCAGCAGAUAUCCCCACCGCCCCUCGCUCAGUCUUCAGCUGCUUUGCCAUGGCACCCCGGGUCAACAAGGAAGAACAGGAAUUCGUUCCUUUGCAGUACACGCUGAAGGACGUCCGGGACCAUAUCCCCGCAAAGUUCUUUGAGCGCAAGACCGGACUCGCGUUUUCGUACUUGGCCCGCGACCUCGUCAUCUCCGGCGCAUUCUUCUACCUUGCGACGCACAUCGACACCACCCUCAAGUCCUACCUCGUCAAUGCCGGCGCGACCCCGCUCGCGCUCACGGCAGCGAACUGGGCUGCAUGGUUGACCUACUGGUGGUUCCAGGGUCUUGCCUUCACCGGCAUCUGGGUUAUUGGUCACGAGUGCGGCCACGGCGCGUUUUCCGCCAGCCGCAGCAUCUCUGACCUCGUCGGCUACAUCACCCACACAUUCCUGCUUACGCCGUACUUCAGCUGGCGCUACGUCCACCACCGACACCACUCGCACCACGCGUCGAUCGAGAACGACGAGGUGUAUGUCCCGCACACCCGGAAAGAACUCAACCUGCCGGAGCACACCGAGGGCCUGGAGCUCGAGGAGCUGUUCGGCGACACGCCGCUGUACACGCUGACGAUGCUGCUCAUCCAGCAGUUCAUUGCGUUCCCUGCCUAUCUGCUGUUCAACGUGUCCGGACAACAGCGGUAUCCGAAGUACUCGAACCAUUUCAACCCGAACGCGAUCAUGUUCAACAAAGGCCAGGGCUUCUACGUGAUGCUCUCCACGGCCGGCCUCGCUGCGAUGGGCGUCAUCUUGUAUGACCUCUCGAUGCGCUUUGGUGCGAUGAACGUCCUCAAGCUCUACGGGAUCCCCUGGUUCCUCGUCACCCACUGGUUCAUCAUGAUCACCUACCUGCACCACACGGACCCGAUCCUGCCGCACUACCGCAAGGGACAGUGGAACUUCCAGCGUGGCGCAGCGGCUACCGUCGACCGGGACUUCCUCGGCUGGCAGGGGCGCUUCUUCCUCCAUGAUGUCGCGCACUACCACGUCAUCCACCACUUCUUCCCUAUGAUGCCGUGGUACAGCGGUGCCGAGGCGACCAAGUACCUCAAGGAAAUGAUCGGCCCCCACUACCACCGCUCGAGCGACUAUGUCUUCAAGGCCCUGUGGUACAACUACAACUUCUGCCAGUUCAUCGAGGACGAGGGUGACAUUGCAUUCUACCGCAACCGACAGGGCAAGUCGGCGUUCGACAUCCCUGAGCUCAAGGCCAACGUGCUGGGCAGUUAAACGGGGACAAGGAGUCCGGGACUCAAGCAGCAGUUGAAACCAUUUAUCUAUGAUUCAAUGCAUUGGAUCCCGCGGGCCCUUGUUGUAUUAGUGGAGGACAAAGCCAGUUGUCCCUCGUAGUCUUUUUCCCCUGUAAUUUGUAGAGAAUUUGCAUUGCGUGACGUGGUACCAUGCAUCAUAGUCAGUCCGUUGUCACGCAAGUAAAUUGACGCGACCGUUGCCACUGCCUUAGCCAUCAGCAAUCAAUAGAACUCGGCAGUCUGAUCAAGCAUCAGUUGCGAGUUCAUCGGUAUCAGUCGAUCUCGAGUACUGCCUUCGGCCAUGCGCACAGCACGGAUCCACUCAGCUGAAGGAAAGCCAGGGGCUGAUGCAUGGAGUGGUAAAAUGUCGAUUCAAAACUCAUGCCAGACACUCAAUGAUUAGAUGGAUGGAUA